CAGAGCAGAACCUUUGGGGCACACGGCCUCCUCACGAGCGCCCGCAGCAGGCUGGGCUGGACACCUCACCUCCACCCUUGUUCUGUCGCCAGGCCCCAGACUCUGUCCUGUGAGGCCCAGUGUGGCAGAUGCACGUGGCAGAGUGGCCCUUAGGUGAGGCAAGGGGAGGCUUACACCUGGGGCCUGGGGCUCCCGGGGCCAGGCCGCUGCUGCAGGGCCGAGACAUAGCUCUGGGCCAGCUGCUGGCCCAGAUCUCAGCUCCACUGCUUCCUAGCUGUGUGACCUUGGGCAAGUCACUUAACCUCUCUGUGCCUCAGUUUCCCCAUCCAUAAAGGGCAGAGCAAUACCUACCUCCCGGCAUGGUUAUCAAGCACUCAGAGCGGUGCCUGGAACAUGGAAAGUUCCAGGCGAGCGAGAGCUAUUCCACGUGGCUGGGCUGCAGCCCCCCAAGAGGCCAAGUGCUCCUGUAGGUUUUCCUGGCUGACGGAGACCAACGCGGAGCCCCUGCAGCCCUGGGAGGUCACGAAGACGAGCAGCUCGCUGCGGAAGCAGCUGCCCCUGCAGAAGACGUUGGUGCCCACGAGGUCCGUCCCGGUCAGAGGGCUGGGGGCCCCGGAUUUCCCUCCACUGUCCAGCCUCCGGCCGCCACCGUCACCACCAAGCAACGUCUGGGAGCUGGUGCUGCUGAGCCGCCGCUUCCCCGGGUCCGCGCUUCCCCCCACCGGCCGAUGCCGCCCGCCCCCCCGAGGGCCCCUCCUGGAGCCCAGCUCUGCGCCGCCUCUAUCUCGGCCACCCGCUCCCCGGGCGCUCAGGGCAGCGGGCUAAGGUGACCUGUGGGGAGGCGGGCAGCCCUGAGGAGCCCCGGAAAGGUCGCCCCGCGAAUACACGCUGCAGGUUCCCACCCCCUUGGAAGGUCGUCUGCAUGUCCGGCUGUGUGUUCUCAUCCAUAAAAGGGGGUGACGGUCAA